AUGGGUAUCGGAUACGAGCAAUUCUGUGGCAUCGGGGCGACUAUGUACUUUGGCCAAAGUGCGUCAGCAAAGGAAGGCGACUCCUCCUGGAAGAAUCUCCGUAUGAGAUCUAACAAAGGGGAUUGGCCAUCCCUCGUAAUUCAGGCUGGGAUGUCAGAAUCAUUGCCGCGACUCCGCUCUAACGCUAGAUGGUGGAUUGAACAUUCGGACGGCAGAGUGAACAUAGUUCUGCUCAUUUGGAUUCGUCCUGCUAUGAAAACAGUCAAGAUCGAGAAAUGGGAACGAGGACAAGCGCCUACUACGAGAACAAGUGCUCGCCUCAAUCCAUCCAAUGCUUUUCCUACGCAAACGGCAGAGAUCACAGUCCAAUCGAAUUCGAAUACCGUCACUGGCGCACCGCUGAUUCUCGAAUUCAGCAAGAUUUUUGAUCACCUUCCGACCCCUCCUGCAGAGCACAAACUCCCAUAUGAUUUAUCUUACAUAUCGACAUCCCUCAUGCAUCAUUACAGUGCUGUGCAUCCUAUAUGUGUGCUGUACUAUACCUAUGAAGUUCUUUCUUUGAAGAGAACCCAAACAGGAACGCUGGAGAGAAAAAAAUGUGUGGUGUCACUACACUACAACAAUGACUCCUUGUACGACCGACUUACUCCGUACUCCGUACAUACAAGGGGGGGAGGGGAAAGAGUGGAAGGAGGAAUAAAUAAUCACACCGACAGAGUGCACAUACCUGAUAUCAAAAUGUCCACGAAAUCAUCCACAUCUCCCCUCUCCGGCCUCUGGCAACCCCAAGACCAUCUAAAGCAUCUCUACUACGGCCCAGGCUGCGUCCAGAAGCACCUCCUCGACACCCUUCCCUCCCCAGACUCGAAGGUGUUCAUCCUCACGGUCACAUCGAUCGCCACCAAGACGCCUCUGAUCCAGCAACUGGAGACCUUACUCGGCGAGCACCAUCACGCAGGCACCUUCUCCCGCAUCAAGCAGCAUGGCCAGGUCGCAGAGGUCGACCUGGCGACGGAGGAAGUAGCUGCGGAUCCAUCCAUCGACACGAUCCUGUCUGUCGGGGGUGGGUCGUCGAUCGAUUCCGCGAAGACCAUCUCGUACCGCAUGUUUGAGCGGAGAGGCAAGUUCCUCACGCACAUCGCCAUUCCUACGACUCUCAGUGCGGCAGAGUGUACGGCUGCUGGGGGGUACACCAAAGCGGACGGUGUGAAGACGGGGUUUGCCGCGCCAGGCAUGGGCAUCAGCGCCAUUUUCUACGAUGCCGAGUUCGCGAGAUACACGCCUGCAAAGCUGUGGCUUGCCACGGGGAUGCGCGCUGUAGACCAUGCCGUCGAGUCGUAUUAUCACCCGUAUGCGGCCGAGAUGCCGUGGAAGGCGCUGUCGAAUUGGGCGCUGGCGACUUUCUUUGAGUGUCUGCCCAAAGCUCGCGAAUCGCACCCAAAGGACGAGGAUCUGAUCACUAGAUUGCAGCUCGCUGCGUUUGCUAGCUCGGGCUUGCGUGGGAAGAAUGUCAAGGGUGGGAUGGGCCUGUCGCAUAGUUUGGGACAUGCCUUGGGUAGUCCGUACGGGAUUCCACACGGCGAAACCAGCUGCAUCACCCUCGGCCCAGUCGUCAAGUUCAAAGCCGCGAACAACCCAGAGGACGCGAGACAGAUCGCCAGACUCCUGCCCGCAACCGGCGGAGCGCCCACGGGAGACGAUUACCGCGAUGCCCUUGAGGUGGGCGACCGUAUUCUCGGACUGGUUGAUCGCCUGGGACUGCGACAGAGUCUGACAGAAAGGGGUGUCUCGCGCGAUGAGAUCCCCAGGAUCGUGCAGCGAGCGAGUGGUGCAUUGAGCAAGGGAGAGACGUAUGAUGAAGUGUUGAAGCUCGUGGAGGGAUUCUUCUGA